GAUAGCAGCCCCAAUGAUGGGUGGCAGGGAGGAGCGCUGUUAGAGAGCAAUGUCGCUGCAGAGCCCGCAGCCUUCCGCUGCCACCUCGGAUCUCCUCUUGCCCGCCGUCGGCGACAAGCGAUUGUUGCUGGGUUGCAACAUGAAUGAGGAGAGUUUGGAUCCCCCGUCGGCGGAGGCGGUGGGAUCAGAGCAGGAAAAGGAGGUGGCGGCUGCGGAGGAGGAGAAGGAGGAGGCAAAGGAAGAAGGAAAGAAAAGGGAGAGAGAAAGCGAGAAAUUGCCUCCCCAUCUGACUGGAUCUAGAACAGCUUCUGGGGGGUUGGAGAGGGGACCCAAAAAUGAUAUUUCACCUUUCAGCAGUUUCAUUUCGACUAUCAGCCAGAAGCAAGAUGAUCCUGGAAGUGGAAGUUCACCUACACAGUUCGUUAUAGCAGAUAUAAAAAAUGCAAAAGAGCUUCCAUCCCUUGGCCACGAUGUUAGGCAAAAACAGCGCACUUCUGUAGAUAUACUUACAGCAGAAAUGAAAGUUUCAGUCCCUCCAGAGCCUUGUGUUCCCAUCCAAACAAAAACUCUGACAGACUUCCGGGAAGACGUAGAAAAAGCGAUGUUAUCAGGAGACUGGAAAACAGUGUACGAUUUUUAUUCAAAAACAUUUGAUUCUUUUUCAGAAGUCAAUUCUGCAUUUAAGAAAUAUAUUGAUGCCCCUUUUAAUCCCAUUGAAGACUGUGAAGUUGAUGCUAAGUUUGUGAAUGCUGUUUAUGAUGCCUUACCAGAUUCACCUCAAGAUAUCCAGAAGUGUGUCCUCAAGGGAAUAAUUAAUGGUUUGUUACAGGAAUGGAAAGGACCUUUGGUUGCUUUCAGGCCACGAACAAAAGAUGAUCUUAGAGCCUAUUUUGUACUUCUACAGAAUCCUCUGUUUAGUAACACAUCAACAUUUGUUAUUUAUGCUCAUUUGCUAAGACAGAUUGCUGCCUUAACAGAAGGCGAUCAUCACUUCCUAAUUCACUGGUUUAAAAAGAUGUCACAGAAGAGAUUCAAGCAAGCAGUAGAUAGGCUACUACAAUUCAUUUCUUUACGCCUGUUUCCUGCAAAACCUGAAGAAUUGCCUACUAUGGAAAAGUGUACCUGGUGGAUUCCAUCAGCAACCAAAGUCUUGUCUUUAUUUAAUGCUUCAAAUAGUCUAACUAAUCCUCCUAUUAUUCCAUAUACGGAUUUCUAUAAUUCCACACUGGAUCAUAUUGAUCUCAUGGAAGAAUAUCAUAAUUGGCAAUGUUAUGGAAAUUCUCAUAGGUUUUCCUUCUGUCAAUAUCCAUUCAUUAUUUCCAUAGCAGCAAAAAAAGUUAUUAUUCAAAGGGAUUCUGAACAACAAAUGAUAAAUAUUGCACGGCAAAGCCUUGUGGACAAAGUCUCUCGGAGGCAGAGACCUGAUAUGAAUAUGUUAUUUCUAAAUGUGAAAGUGAGAAGAAUGCACCUAGUUAGUGACUCACUGGAUGAGCUGACGAGGAAGAGAGCAGAUUUGAAAAAGAAAUUGAAAGUUACAUUUGUAGGAGAAGCUGGCCUUGAUAUGGGUGGCCUAACAAAAGAAUGGUUUCUUCUUCUAAUUAGACAGAUUUUUCAUCCAGACUAUGGCAUGUUUACAUACAACAAGGACUCUAACUGUCAUUGGUUUAGCAGCUUCAACUGUGAUAAUUACUCUGAAUUCCGAUUGGUUGGUGCUCUAAUGGGACUAGCUGUCUAUAACAGUAUCACACUGGAUAUUCGAUUUCCACCAUGCUGCUACAAAAAGCUACUUAGUCCUCCUAUUGUACCAUGUGACCAGAAUGCACCUGUAGGAAUUAGUAGUGUUACUAUUGAUGACAUAUGUCAAGUUAUGCCGGAACUGGCUCAUGGACUAAAUGAGCUUCUAUCCUAUGAAGGAAAUGUUGAAGAAGACUUUUAUUCAACCUUCCAGGUAUUUCAAGAAGAAUUUGGAGUCAUAAAAUGUUACAACCUAAAGCCUGGUGGUGAUAAGAUCCCAGUUACCAAUCAGAAUAGAAAAGAGUAUGUGCAGUUUUAUGUAGACUUCCUUCUCAACAAAUCAAUCUACAAACAGUUUGCAGCAUUUUAUUAUGGAUUUCAUAGCGUGUGCGCUUCAUAUGCAUUAAUGCUGCUUCGUCCUGAAGAGGUUGAAAUUCUAGUUUGUGGAAGUCCUGAACUGGAUAUGCAUGCUCUCCAGAGGCACACGCAAUAUGAUGGCUACCAGAAAACUGAUCUUACUGUCCGGUAUUUCUGGGAAGUAGUACUUGAAUUUCCUCUUGAGCUUCAAAAAAAGCUCCUGCAUUUUGCAACAGGAAGUGACAGAGUACCCGUAGGAGGAAUGGCUGACCUGAAUUUCAAGAUUUCAAAGAGUGAAGCAUCCACAAAUUGGUUACCUGUUGCCCACACUUGCUUCAAUCAGCUCUGCCUGCCUCCUUACAAGACCAAAAAGGAGCUGAAGCAAAAGUUGACAAUUGGAAUUUCAAAUGCGGAAGGCUUUGGCUUAGAAUAAGAACACUUGAAAAGUAUAGCAGAUGUAGCACUCGCUUUCCUCUGAUUGUGCCUUUAAAGCUUUACAUGUUACUGUCUCUUAAGAGUCUCACCUCGAACUGUGUGGAAUUGUUUUUUUAAAAAGAAAAAGUGCACUCUUUUCUGUAUAGAAAUAUAUUUACUCUUUCUUACAGGAAAAACAAUUUUGUACAGUAUUCAUAUUCUUUACAAAAUUUGAUAGAAAAAAAUGCCAAGGCUGUCAAAUUUUAAGCUGUAUAUAUUUGCCUAGUCUAAAUGAUGAGAACUGCCUCUAUUCUCUUCACAAGGAGAGGCUACUCAAGAGAGCCGGCCUCUGUCUCCUCAGGUUGCACAAGCUACAGGCAAAAGCUGCAAGUACUUCACUGUUGAUUUAGCUUAUGUAUAUCCCACUGGGAAGUACAGCAUACAAGUAAUAUAUAUUUUAUAGUACUUUUAUACUGUAAGUCGCCUUGAGACUAUUUUUAGUAGUAGGCGUCUAAGAAAUUUAAUAAAUAAAUAUUUCUUGAUUAGUUAAACCCAGUGAAAGGUUGUCUUCAAAGAGCACACAUAAUAUAGCAAAGCUUAUGCCAUUAACCUGAGGCAUGUGGCUAUAUUUUAAAGUUGAGGCAAAUAAUAGUUUUAGGGUAGAUCAAAUAUAGUGUUAAUAUAUAGUGUUAAUAUUUGGGUUUUCAUUCUUCAAAAUCAAUUAUUUUAAAAGCAUGUAAAUAACUGCCUGUGAUUACAGUAUAUAGCUAAAGAUUUAUUUUUUCAAAGUUUAGGGUUUAAGAUGUUAUAUAUUCAGCUUUUACAGAUGAAUAGAGCUGAAUUGUACAGGAAUUUAAAAGCUGCUAUUUUAAAUCUAUCUAGAUUUAUGGCCCAACUUCAAGUAUUAAACUAUUUGCAUGUUUAUGAUAUUAAACUAGGCAGUUUGGCUGUUGUUAGUGUACUUUUGUAAUUGUAAUUUUAAAAAGGAAAUUUAAUGUGUAAUAGUAAAUUUGAAUUUGUUUAUUUGAUGGAAAACAAGUCACCUCUCAGAACAAUGAAAGGUGUAAUUUUGAUAUUUUUAAAUUAUGCAUCUUUUCAUUAGGAACUUCCUACUGUAAGUCUUUUACACCAGGUUUAAAAUUAAUUGAGCAAAUUUUUAUACAAAUGUGAAUGUAAUAAAAUUGUUUCAAAUGUU